AUGUCUUCCAGAAUCACACGUUCAUCCGCCCGGCAAGCAGCCAGCUCCUUAGAAUCAUCGGCCGGUUCUUCUGCGACUGCAUCGUCUGCAGCAGCAGCUCCACCAAGUCGCUCUUCAGCCCCAUCCCGAAAACGUAAAGCUACUGUGCGGGAAUCAAGUCCCGCUCUGGAACCUGAACCCACAAAGGCAACUCCAUCAAAGCGUCCAAAGCGUCAAAAAGUCUCAGAACCCGAAGCUCCCACACCUGCUCCUGCUUCAGCAGCAUCCUCUCGUCGAAAGAACGCAAAAGCUCCUGCGGUUAUGUCUAGUCACAGGAAAGUUAAGAUUGAUAUGGAACGUGGUCUAGUGUCUAACAAUACACACAACGCCACAACCAGCACCCCGAGCUCGAGUAAGAAGUCAAAGAAAUCUGCCGUUGCCGAUAAGGAUGGAGAUACAGCAAUGAACGAUGCAGAUGAGAAGGCGCCACCACAUCCACUCGAUGACGACGAUGCCAGUGACGACAACGAUGACGACGAGAUUCCUCGAGACUACGAUGGAGGUGAUGAUGAAGAUGACGAUCCAUUCGGUGGCUUCGGUGGACCUGGCGGGCCGCCUCAUGGGUUAUCGAGCACUCUGCGAGCUUUGAGCGGCAUGAUGUCCGGAGUUUCCUCUCGAUUGCGCGAAAUCCUAUCACAAUUGAAGCAAAAAGAUGAGCCGUCUGUACAAUUGAUAGCAUUACAGGAACUUUCCGAGAUACUACUUGUGUCUACAGAGGACAAUCUUUCUGGUCACUUCUCUCCGGAUGCAUUUGUUAAAGAAUUGGUUGCUUUGAUGCAACCCUCUGAGUUUGAAUUUGGAGAGGGAAACCCAGAAAUGAUGCUCCUUGCCUGUCGGUGUAUCGCCAAUUUGAUGGAAGCUCUACCUGCCAGCACUGCAAACGUUGUAUACGGUGGCGCUGUUCCAGUUCUAUGCCAAAGAAUUUUAGAAUUUGCUUACAUCGAUUUAGCAGAACAGGCCUUAAGUACGCUAGAAAAAAUAUCUAUUGAAUAUCCAGCAUCAAUCGUGCGUGAGGGGGGAUUGACAGGUUGUUUGAAUAAUCUCGAUUUUCACGACACAAACGCACAAAGAACUGCCGUCACUACUGCUGCAAACUGCUGCAGAAAUAUCCCUGAGGAUUCAUUCAAUGUAGUCAAGGAUGUCAUGCCCAGUCUACUGAAUGUUUUCAACUCCAACGAUCAGAAAGUCGUUGAGCAAGGUUCAUUAUGUGUAACUCGAAUUGUGGAGAGCUUCAGAUACCAUUCAAGCAAGCUCGAGGAGCUUGUCAGCACCGAUCUACUUCGCGUCAUUCUUCGUCUUUUACUUCCUGGAUCUACUAACCUUAUUGGUGCUAAUAUCCACACGCAAUUUCUUCGUGUUCUUGCUUUCACGGCAAAGGCCAGUCCUAAGUUGUCCGCCGAACUUUUCAAAAUGAACGUUGUCGAGACAUUAUAUCAGAUUCUGACUGGUGUUUCUCCACCAAGCGCCACAGAGGACGCAGCCUCAAAGAUCGACAGUGUUGUCAUCAUGCAAGCUUUAAUUCACAGACCCCGAGAACAAGUUAUCGAAACUUUGAAUGUUAUCUGUGAGCUCUUGCCCGGAAUACCACGAGGUGGUAAUUCGAUGUUUGAUGAUGAAAUCGACAUUGAACUUCCAUCAGCAGCAACAAAUGCGUCAUCUGGUUCAAGAAAGAAGUCGGCUAACGAGACUCGCAUCGAACUUUUGGAGGGUUGUAAGGAGGAAGUUAAGAGAUUUGCAAUCAUACUCUUUCCUACCCUAACGGAUGCGUUCUCCAGCACUGUCAAUUUACACGUUCGCCAAAAGGUCCUUAACGCUCAGCUUAGAAUGCUUUCCAAUCUUGAUAAAGAUAUUUUAAUGGAGGCUUUGAAAUCUGUUCCAUAUGCAUCGUUUUUGGCCGCGAUUCUUUCGCAGCAAGAUCACCCUAGCUUGGUCGUCUCUGCGCUCCAAGCUACCGAGCUUCUUCUCGUUCGCCUCGAAGAUAUAUAUCGUUACCAAUUUUACCGAGAGGGAGUGAUUGCUGAGAUUACUAAGCUAGCCACUCCUGAGGAAACCAAGACCGAAAAUAAACCCCCCUCUACGGCAACAAUAGAGUCAACUCCAGCCUCUGCACAAGCUAGCGCAGAGCCCAAAAUCUCCGAAAAGGCAGGUCAGAAUGGAGAGGCACGCAACGAAGACCACGUAUCAUCUGAUGAAGAUAACGAGAACAAUGAAGACGAGAAUGAAAAUGAAGUCGGACACAAUGAUGAUAUGCCAGAUGAUGUAACCGCUUCCCCAGUCAGUUCUCGUGGCUCUACAAUGUCGUUGGAUGGCCCUCAUCGACAUGCACCGUCAGAUCUCAAAAGUAUGAUGAAGAUCAUUGCCGUCCGUGCACAAAAGUUCCUCGACGUUCACGAAACUGAAAAGAAUAGCAAAGCCAUGAAGAAGAAAGCAACGAAAAUUUUGACGAGUCUACAAUCCCUGGCUUCGGAUAUCAGAAACUAUUAUUUGCGCCAAGGCCCAGGAAGCGGGGUUGAGCUUUUCGGAACACUCGCAUCCUAUUUUGAUGGCGAUGUUCUACAAAGUGUCACUAGUGCUGAGUUAUUGAAUUCUGAAAUUGUCCAAGUUCUACUAGAAGUCUUCAACAACCCGGAUGAACAGCUAGCCAAUGAUGCUAGAUCUGCUUUUCUCGAAGUCUUCAUGGGUCACACUCUUGCUAAGAAGUCCAACUCGGGAUCAGACACGCCUGCAACCCCUUUUGGUCUUCUCAUCCACAAGCUGCAAGAUUUGUUGAGUCGAUCGGAGCAUUUUGAGGUGGUCACUGUUCAUUCAAACAGUUUUGAUGGAAACAGGAGUAGUGCCGCUUCGAUGCUGGCCAAACAGAUCCGUCUUAAGUUAGUAGCUGAUGAGGAUUCCGAAAUUCCAAGAUCCUAUCGAAAUAUCAUGGUAUCUAUCCAUGCUAUCGCGACUUUCAAGGCUUUGGAUGAUUACCUCCGUCCAAGAAUCAGCUUGUCUGAUCGCCCUCGGCCACCCAGAGCUAGAGAUGGACUUUCUGGUGCAUUAGCUGCCCUUGCCGCAGCCGGUUUGCCUAACCCAUAUGCUGGUAUUCCCAACGCCCAGGCACGUCUCGCAGCAGCAGCCGCCGCAGCAAAUCCGACUGCAUCUACUCCUCGUACUUCUCGUAGAGCAAAAGCAAAGUCUGGCCCCGUUCCAACACCCGCAUCUGCCGACCAAUCGGCAUCCAAUACGCCAGUAGAGAAACCUGCUAGGCGUUCGUCUCGGCGCCAGGGAGCUCAGACUGAUCCACCAAUCCCACCGCCUCCCAUGCAAGAAGAAGACGCACUUGCUAGUGCCCUCGAAUGUGCCGAUGAGAGACAGAUGAGUGAGGAGGAUGAUUUGGAGGAUAGCGCUGCCUUGGAUACUAUUGUCGGCGACUUAGAAGAAGACAUGGAAGAGGAUUCUCCCGUCGACCCUACUGCUGUAAACCUUGAAGUAGCAGCAGGCGGUAAGGUUACCGCCCGUAAGGAGGAUGGCACAAGAGUCGCAACUCCAUCACAAUCCUUGCCAAGCACUUCUCGCAGUAGCUCUGCACUUCAGGCAGCCGCUGCCCAGGCUGCCUCGUCCACGCCAACCACAUCGUCAAGACCUAUGUCUUAUGCAGCCGCAAUUCAAGCUGUUCCGUCUGAUUGGCACAUCGAAUUCAGCUUGGAUGGCAAAGUCAUUGCUAAUGAGACUACAAUUUACCGUGCUGUUCAUACCAUGGCCAACACAGCUGAAGAUUAUUCAAAUCGGAGCGUUUGGUCUGCUAUUCAUCCCAUUAAAUUCAAGCGCGUUCCUGGACCACCUCCUCCGGAGCCUAGCUCUCUUUCUCAAGCAUCUGAAAUUAGCACGGAAACCACUGCAUCUGGUAUCCCAGCAUCGUUAGACAAGCAUCCUGCAACAUCUUCAAUUCUUCGGUUGCUCAACAUCUUACACGCACUCAAUGCUAACCUAGAUGAUGUUUUGGCUGACAAUAAGGAUGCCUUGAAACUGAAUGCCGAGCCUUUAUCACAAUUCGUAAACACUAAGCUUACAGCAAAGUUGAAUAGACAACUGGAAGAACCCCUCAUUGUUGCUAGUAACUGUCUUCCAACUUGGAGCGAGGAUCUUGCUCGGCUUUAUCCAUUCUUGUUUCCUUUCGAGACGCGCCACCUAUUCCUGCAAUCAACCUCUUUUGGCUAUGCUCGAUCAAUGACCAGAUGGCAAAAUGCUCAAUCCGCCGAUGAGUCUCGCCGAGAUCGUCAUCGUGACGAACGUCCUUUCCUAGGUAGGCUUCAGCGCCAGAAGGUCCGAAUAUCUAGAUCGAAGAUUUUGGAGUCGGCCUUGAAGGUCAUGGAACUUUAUGGUGCAUCUCAGAGCAUCCUUGAGGUUGAGUACUUUGAAGAGGUUGGAACUGGUCUUGGGCCUACCCUCGAAUUCUAUUCAACCGUUUCGAAAGAAUUUUCCAAGAAGAAACUCAAGCUAUGGCGUGAGAAUGAUAACGACGCCGACGAGUAUGCAUUUGGUGCUCGAGGUCUUUUCCCAGCACCGAUGAGCGAAGAACAAUCAUUGAAUGAGAACGGAAAGAGGAUCUUACAUCUAUUCAAAAUGCUCGGCAAGUUUGUCUCUAGGUCGAUGAUUGACUCUCGCAUUAUUGAUGUCUCUUUCAACCCAACAUUUUUCCGCAUCGGCGACGAGUCAAACCCUGUAACACCUUCUCUCGGCGCGGUCAAAACCGUCGACCCUCAAUUAGCCAAGUCACUCAAGAUGAUAAAGAAAUUUUCUGUUGCAAAGAAGGCGAUCGCCGAGGACUCGACUCUGACAGCUACUCAGAAAGUCCUUGCGACAGAAGCAUUGGAAAUCGACGGAGCCAAAAUUGAAGAUCUCAGUUUAGACUUUACCCUUCCUGGUUAUGACAUUGAUCUUCUCCCCAAUGGUUCUUCAAUUCCUGUCACUAUUGAUAAUGUCGACCUCUACCUCGAGAAGGUUAUUGAUAUGACUUUGGGAAGUGGUGUUCAACGACAAGUCGAUGCUUUCCGUGCUGGUUUCACUCAGGUCUUCCCUUACUCUGCUCUCAGAGCCUUCACUCCAGAUGAGUUGGUUAUGUUAUUUGGCAGAAUUGAAGAAGAUUGGUCGCUUGAGACUUUGACAGAUUCUAUCAAGGCCGACCACGGCUUCCAUAUGGACAGCAAGAGUGUGAAGAACCUGCUUCAAACGAUGAGUGAGCUCACUCUACCAGAGCGCCGGGAUUUCCUUCAAUUCACAACUGGAAGCCCAAAACUUCCCAUUGGUGGUUUCAAGAGUCUUACACCAAUGUUCACUGUGGUUUGCAAACCCAGUGAGCCACCUUACUCCUCUGACGAUUAUCUACCAAGUGUCAUGACAUGUGUCAACUACCUCAAAUUGCCUGAUUACACUGAUCUCGAUGUCAUGCGACGACGUAUGAAUACUGCCAUUAGGGAGGGACAAGGAGCUUUCCAUCUGUCAUAA